AUGUCAGCCAUAGAUAUUCAGAUAGUGAGAAGAGGGAACAAGCAAUCUAGACAUCAAAGAAUCAGUCUAUGUGCUGAGGUUAUAGAAGAAGAGAUCUAUGCAGGAUUAAAAACCACUGGAAAUGACAAGGCACCAGGGAUUGAUGGGUAUAAUGCUUUCAUUUUUAAACAUACAUGGCAAACUAUAAAAGAAGAGAUUAUUGCUGCAGUAAUCCACUGGGAAGAUGCAUGCCCCUAUAAAUUGCACUCUGGUAACCCUUGUCCCAAAAGUUCAAAGCCUAAAAACUAUGAAGGAGCUAGAUUUAUUCCAGGGAGGAAGAUUGCUGAUAAUAUAAUUUUCACCCAUGAAUUGGUAAAAGCCUACACUAGAAAGAAUGUUUCACCUAGAAGUAUGCUGAAGAUUGAUCUUCAGAAGACAUAUGACUCAGCGGAAUGGACCUAUCUGGAACAGGUGAUGACUGAGCUUGGAUUUCCUAACUUGUUCACUCAAUGGGUAAUGACAUGUGUGAAGACUGUUAGUUAUGCUAUUGUUGUGAAUGGACAGAGCUCUCAGGUUUUCCCAGCUGCUAAAGGACUCAGAUAG